AUUCAAUUCUUCUUUCUCUCUCAACAUUUUCAAUUUAUAAAUAACCCCCCCACCCACCCCUCAUCUCUUUCAGUUUCAACCCCAACAAUUCCUUCUCACCUUCCUCUCCCAAAUCUCUCUUCUAUCUGCAAUCCAAAAAGCUUCUUCAAUGGAGGAUUACUACUACCGGAGAAACUACAUUCCCAGCUUCGGAAACUGGGAAUGGAACGACCAUCUCCCUUUCUCCCACUGCUUCGAUUCUUCUAGAAUCGCCGGUUACCCCCAUGACACCGAUCUCUACGUCGCCGGUGAUUUGUACCAAAACGACGUCGUUACCCCUGCCAUGAUCGUCGUUCCUCGCCCCAGGAGGAAGCGUGACAGACAGGGGAAGCAAGGAAGGAAGGAAAAUUGGAUGAAGGAAACAGAAAGCCCUCCUAAUGGAAUGAUGAAUCAUUACAACACAAAGCCAAUGCCUAAGCCAGUUGAUGAAGACUUGUAUAAAAUCUCUCCUGAUCUCCUUGCUGCCAAGACCAAAAAGAAGAGAGGGCUGAGUUACAUAACAAAUUGCUUUGUGCCAACUUGUUUGAUUUGAAGAAGAAGGAAGAGAUGAUGAAGCUCAAAUUAUGGGACAAUGAAAGAUUAAUGUAUAUUUUUUUAUCAUCAAAAACAGACAGUGAGGCCAAAUAGUAAAUAUCUUUUGGGAUGUUUGGUUAUCAAAUUCAUAUGAUCAUAUUAUAUAUAUAUUUUAUCCAAAAAAGAAAAAAAAAAGUUCUAUCAUAGCAAUGUUUCUCCAUGGCUAGAGGCUGUUAAUUUAAAAUUUGUAUUUUUGGAGUGUUUUUUUUUUUUUAAUUAAUUUAGAGGGGAGAAUUAUUUGUACAAGGUUCUCCCAUUGGUUACCA